UCAUUUUCUUCAUCAGAUAUCAUUUCGUUACGCGCUUUAAUCUGUUUCUGUCUCUCAGCUCCCAAAAUCUCUCUCUAAAUCUUCCUGCUCUCUCUAUAUCUUCCUGUCUCUCUCUCUCUCUCUCUCUUCAGAAAAUGGAAGCUGCUCCAAUCCGAAUGGAUAGGAAAACAUCGAUAGAAACUGAGCCAAGAACGUUGCGGAUAGACCAAAUUGAAUUUGCAAGGGAGGCAGCCAAGUAUGUGGUGAAUACAAAGAAUAUAGAAGAAGCAAUGAGCAUUUUCACAGAGGGUUUGAAACCAGUAGUUAGUUCGAUCAAGCAAAACGGUGAUGAAAUGAUGAUAGAUUCAGUUGAGGAACCCGAGCACUCGGAUGAUUAUUUCAUAAGACCACGAGGACCCCAGGAUGUUGUCUCAGCUCCUUUUUAGCUGCCGAUUUAACACUCUUGUAAUUUAAUUACUGCAGGUGUUUUGGAUGUAAAAUUUUGUACAGGAUAUGGAUUUUUUUUGUUUUUGUUUUUCGUUCAGUCGGUUUUUUGUGUGACUUGUUCUUCAUACAAUUCCGAGAAAUUUUUGAAUUGAUUGUUUUCCUAAAGUACAGGGGCGAGAUAUUCUAUGGAAGGGUUUUUACUUUA